AUGUGGAACAUCUGGCCCUCUGAUGGGAACAACCUGCAGCUGAAAACGUCUUCAACCCGUAAAAGAAGGCUGUCAACUCCAGAAACAGCAACCGAUGGUGAGGGUGGACCUCCGGCCCCGAAUCUCACCAGCAACAGACGACUGCAGCAGACACAAGCGCAGGUGGACGAGGUGGUGGACAUCAUGCGCGUGAACGUGGACAAGGUCCUGGAGCGCGACCAGAAGCUGUCGGAGCUCGACGACCGGGCCGACGCCCUGCAGGCCGGAGCCUCGCAGUUCGAGAGCAGCGCCGCCAAACUCAAGAACAAGUACUGGUGGAAAAACUGCAAGAUGAUGAUCAUUAUGGCAAUCGUAGGUCUUAUAUGUUUUGGAGUCAUUUUCCCAGUUUCCAGCGUCCUCGGCUCUGAGUCGGCUCAGCAGCAUCUGAUGUUUGUGUUUGAGGAGCUCUCUGACUCUCUUCCUGCUUUGCUCCUCGUCUCUUCUCCUCUUGGUCUCCUCUCCCAGACCAGCUGA